GGCGAGGGUUCGUUAUUCAGACCGUAGCAUCGUGUUUGACUCUUCUCUCCCGUGUGAAGAUUUUUCAGGGUCAUGCAAAUUCUACCUAUUGUCAACCAAGCGUGACGGCUCGCAUUGCUAGUAUAAACAUUCCUCAGACAACUACGAAAUGGGAAUUACAAGCCAAACCUCCAGCAUCUUGGAUCCCUCCAUCAUCUUUUCCGUAGUGAUUGCGUUGUUGCUAAUUACCUACUGGUAUGGUACUCGCGCUUUCUCGGUUCUGAGUCGAUUGAAUGUCCCCGGUCCAAAACCUCUGCCGUUUGUCGGCAAUUUACUCGAAGUUCGCAAAUAUGGAAGCGUUCACUUGAUGAUGUCGGAGUAUGUACGAAAAUACGGCAAAGUCUUCGCUGUUUCUCUCGGUAUGAAGCCAUCUUUAGUCGUAGCAGAUCCUGAAAUGCUGAAAACGAUCAUGGUCAAAGAGUUUUCUGUGUUUCACAACCGCAUGCUUCCAACUCCUCCACCGCCUAUGAAUUCAGCCGUGUUCUCCGCGCGCGACGAGACGUGGAAGCGGAUCCGCAACAUCCUGACGCCCUCGUUCAGCGCGCGAAAGAUGAAACUGAUGGUGCCACUAAUAGAGGAAUCGUGUGACGUGCUGAUGAAGAAACUAAAGGAAAUAGCUGAUACUGGUAAAACAGUGAACAUCAUGGACUGGUUCAGCAUGCUGACACUGGAAAUUAUCAUCUCUACUGCUUUUGGUAUCCAAGCCAAUGUACAAACUGAUCCAGAUGAAACACUCCUGACAAAAGCAAGGCAAUCCUUUCGAUUCCCCUUUAUUCUGCGUAUUAUAGGCCGUAUGCCUCUCAUCAGGACAAUCCUGCGAUUGGUUAUGCGUCUGAAAGGAGGGAUGGGAUAUUUUGGAAAUAUUGCUUUGGAGAUGAUCCGUCAGCGGCGAAGAGAAGGCGGCACCAGCCGACAGGAUCUGAUGCAACUCAUGUUGACCGCCCAUGAAGAGUCCACACUACAGGGUGACAGCAAACUAACAGAUGAGGAAAUCGUCGCGCAGUGCGUGGCUUUUUUAUUGGCUGGUCACGAGACCUCAAUGAUCACUCUUUCUACCAUAGCAUACCACUUGGCGUUAAAUCCAGAAGUUCAAGAGCAGUUGCGCAAAGCUAUUUUCCAGUUCACUGAGGAAAAUCCUGAAGCUUCCCUUUACGAGAUGUCCCAUAGUAUCGAGUACUUAGACUGCGUCAUCAACGAAACUCAACGACUAAGUCCUCCAGCACAUCAGCUGAACCGUGAGUGCGGCCAAGAUUUCCAAAUCAAGGGUAUCUCAAUUCCCAGAGGUACGGAGAUUAUUAUUCCUUUCUAUGCCCUUCAUCAUAAUCCCGAGGCAUGGCCGGACCCGGAGAGGUUUGACCCCGGAAGAUUUCAAAGCCCCGCUAAAGAUACCCGUCAUCCCUACCAGUACCUUCCGUUCGGUGCUGGGCCCCGGAAUUGCAUUGGAAUGAGGUUUGCUCUGAUGGAAAUAAAGAUCGCGAUAGUGAAAAUCCUGAUGAAGUUCAAGUUUGAGCGGGCGCCCGAGACACAAGUUCCACUGGUUAUGCACGCCGGUAACACUUUAUCUCCUCGUGACGGGGUUCACCUAAGGAUUGAGUCCAUAUAGAGACUUCUCUAGAAGUAUUGCUACAUUCCACUCGCAAGCCUUCCUUAGUUAGAUAUUUUAAAGCUUGCCUAAACACCCGCAAAACCGGUUUUACUCUUUACUGCAAGUCCUUCCCAACCUUCAUUCUUUUCAUACUCGCCCCAGACCUCCCAUCCGCGCGUCUGAAUAACCAACGCCAGGAGCCUAUUACUUAUGGGCUCCUGCCAACGCGAAGUUAAAGAAUUAUGGAUUGCUUAACGAUUUAAGAUAAGAAUAUUUUUCCUUUUUGAUAAUUAGCUCAGUAUAAUAGCUGUUCGUGCUUGAAGGCAGAGCUCUGUUGGAUCCAAAAAAAAAAUGAACGUCUCCCUCUGGCUUGGCCCGCGCACAGAGAGAACAAAGUCUGAUGCGAAAGUGCGGGGAGAGCGCAAAAUGUGACAGUCAAACUCGCCUGUCCAUUUUCUUCGAGCGUUUGACACACAUGAUAGACAAUUUUGGCUAGUUUUUGUCUUUUUCUAAACUUUCCG